CCUUAUUAUAUAUAAAGUACAUUUGAGUAGUUACCGUUAUAAAAUAAAUUUUUAAAAAAAGAUUAUUUAUCAUUAUGAUUUUUAAUUCUGUUCGGUUUUAUUUAUUCAAAUUGAACCAUUUCAAUUCAUGUUAACCAUUGGAACAUUUAAACAAAACAAAUGAAUUACUUUAAAGACAAAUAUAUUUAAGCCUGUACAUACAUACAUACAUACAUACAUACAUACAUACAUACAUAUAUACACGAACACAUACACUUAGAGACUAACAACAAGUAUAUUGUAAAAAUUUACCCAAAAAUUGAAAAAAAAUUAACUUAAAUAUGAAAGAUUAUAAAAGUGAUUAUAAAUUAUCAAAUAAUUUAUCUUAUUCGACAUCGUCAUCGUCAUCUACGACGACGACAACAAUGACGACAUCGACAACGAUGGCGACGACGACAACAACAACAUCCUCCUCCUCCUCCUCCUCAUUAUUAUUAAGUUAUUAUUCCAACAAUACUAAACCAUUAGAUUAUACAUUGAAGAAUCAUUUUAAUACUUAUAAUACCACUUAUAAUACUACUAAUAAUACUACUACUAAUGAUACUACUUAUUAUCAUACUACUGAAUAUAAAUUUAAAACAAAAUUAGAAUCAUUUACAAAAAUGUAUCAAAUAAAAGAUAAUAUAAAUUAUGAAUUUAAUAUAAAAUUACCAAAAUUAAUUACAAAUUCUUAUUAUAAUAAUAAACAAACAAAAAAUUUUUUUAAUUUAAAACAAAAUAAAUUUUAUAAAAAACGGAAAACAUUAAAUUACAUAAAUGAUACAAUUUAUAAGCCUAUAUAUAAUAAUGAAGAGAAUAUAAUGCAAAAAAGAAAUAAUAAAUUAUCAUUUUAUCAUUCACCUAUUAUUACUACUACUACUACUAGUUAUACUACUGAUAAUACUACUUAUAAUAAUAAUAAUAAUAUAAGUAGUACAUUUUAUAAACGUUCUGAUUAUGGACGAUUUAAACGUAAUAAAGAUAAUGGACCUUCAUUAUCGGAUGUUCCAAUGAAUGUUAAUUUUAAUACAUUAAAUAAUUCAUGUACUACAAAUCGUUAUCAUAUAUUAAAUUUUGAACAAGUACAAUAUUUAGAUGAUAUAAUGAAUACAUAUAUAAGUAUUUCACCAAAUCCUAUAUUACAAAAUUUUUUAGAUACAAGUACCCUUAUAUCACCAUUAUUACCAACAACAACAACAACAACAACAACAACAACAACAUCAACAACAACAAUAACAUCGACAUCAUCAUCAACAGUAAUCAAUAAACCAUGUUCAUGUUUCUCUUCGAUGAAUUUGACUAAUUUUAAUAAUACUGGAAAUAGUGAUCAUAUUGAUACAGUAUACUCUUCAUCUAUUUCAAGUACAGUACCAAUAUCAAAGGUAAAUAAUUUAGUAACAUUCAUUCCGGAUAGCUUUUCUAAUAGUACAAUUAUUGAUAAUACUAUAAAUAAUCCAUAUCAACAUUUAAUAAAUGAUUGUUGCUUACCUACCCAUCAUAUUCCAUUUAUAUCACAACAAUCACAAAAAUUACCAACUAUUCGUAUACAAUUAAAGAAACUUAUUAGAAUAAUACGUGAUGGAUUAUUAAAAGAAUCAAUACCAGUUAAAGAGAUACGUUUAAAUGGUGAUGUUGCAAGUUCUAUCAUUAUUGGUUCCCAAGAUAAACAAUCAUUUCAUGAUAUAGAAUUGAUAUUUUAUGUUGAUUUAUCUAAUUCUACAACAUGUAAUAAAAUUAAAUCAGUAGUAUAUUCAUGUAUUGCAAAUAUUUUAACAGAUACAAUAAUUUUAGAAAAUUUAUCAAAUUUUACAAAUAAUAAUAUACCAUUAAUACAAGAUUCAUUAUUUUCCCAUUAUUGUAAAGAUUGUUUAUAUUGUAUAUUGAACAAAGAAAAUUUACAAAAUUUAAAUCAUUAUCAAAAUAUAAAUAAUAAAAAACAAUCAUUAGAAAUCAAUAAUCAAUCAAUAAAUGAUCAUCAAUUGAUUAAAACUAAAUUAUCACAAAUCAAUAAACAUUGUCAUUUAAUCAAUAAUGAACAAAAAAUAAAAUAUAAUAAUAAUAAUAAUAAUAAUAAUAAUUGUAAAUUAUGUCAUUUAUCAUUACGCAAUUUAUAUCCAUUAUAUAAUUAUAAUUCAUUAUUACCAAGUUCAAUAUGCUCAAAAUCAUUGAAUUAUUCCAAUCAAAUCAAUAAUAAUAAUAAUAGUAAUAAUAAUAAUAAUAAUUCAAUAAUUAAUUAUUAUUAUAAUGAUAUAAUAAUUAAACAAUAUAUACAAAAAAUUAUACAUAUAUAUAAACCAACAUGUAAAACAUUUGAUUCAUGGUUUUCAAUAUUUAUUGGUUAUAAUAAUAAUAAUAAUAAUAAUAAUAAUGAAAAAAUCAAUAAAAAAAUUAUUGAAUUAAAAUUUAUUGAUCGUAUGCAUCGUCAAUAUAAAUUUACAAUUGAUAGUUUACAUAUUAUAUUAGAUAGUUUAUUAAAAUUUUAUGAUAUAACAAAUCAAUAUAUUAAAAAAAAAUUAAAUAAAAAUUAUUAUCCAAUUGUUGUUGUCAAAUCAAUUGCAUGUAAUUAUAUAGAUGUAAUAAAACAUAUAUUAAAUCAUAUUAUUGUAAUAUAUAAACCAGAAGAAAUAUAUGGGGGUGGUUUAUUAAAAUAUUGUAAAUUAUUAGUUAAUGGUUAUAAACCAUGUCAAAUGAUUGAUAUAAUAUUAAUGGAAAAAUAUAUGUGUUCACGAUUUUUUAUUGAUUUUCCUAAUAUUAUAAAUCAAUAUCAUCAAUUAAAUUAUUAUUUAUUAAAUUAUUUUGAUAAUAAUUAUAAAAUGAAAAUUAAUUAUUUAAAUAUCUUAUAUGAAGUUGUUUCACAUUCUACAAUCUGUUUAAUGACACAUGAAAGACAACAAACUUUAUGCCUCAUUGAAAUGUUCUUACGGGAUGUUACUGAACAAGAAAAAGAAAAUAAACAAUCUGUUGUACAUUUGCAAGAAUUUUCGUCAAAAGAUUGGGCAUUUGAUAAAGUAUUUUACGGGACUAAUUACUUUCCUAAACAAAUAUGUUCAAUGAACGACCAACAUGACUUAUAUGACUUAUACAAUCAUCAAUGUCAAGUUGAAUUCAUACAUAAUUCAAAAGAUAUAACUGAUCAACAAAAUUCCACCAUUUCUAACUCAUUUCAAUCAAAAAUUGAAUUGAAACAUGUAAACAAAGUGAAAAACACUUCUAAUGCUGAAGGUGAUAAUGAUGAUAAUGAUAAUGAUGAUGAUGAUGAUGAUGAUGAUGAUGCACAUAGUCAUAACAACAACAACAACAAUGACACUCAUGAAAAUAACAAUGAUCAUACACCAUUCAUAGAUGAAUCACAAACUGAAUUGAAAUGUUACCAUAACAAUGAUCACCUUGAGAAAUCUACUGAAAGUAAUAACCACUUACAGAAAACUGUUGAAGAUUCAACUUAUAGAAAGAUACCAAUGAAUGACAUUGAAACUUUACAAAAUAUUCCCCGAAUUCACAAUAAAAUUACCUAUUCAAAUGAGGAACUAUUAUGUAGAAAUAAUAGUACAUUUUGUAAUCAUCAUUUUCAUUUCCAACUUUGUCAUAAUCAUCAUCAUCAUCAUUAUCAACAUAAUCCACAUCAUUAUCAUCAUCAUCAUCAUCAUUCUCAACAAUUUAAUAAUGAAUUAUAUUAUGUACCACAAAUUGUUACCUAUUUUCCUGCCAAUGAAUAUUUACUAUCAUUAUCUACAAAUAAAAAUCAAUCAUUUUAUUCAAUUCCACAAAGUAUCAUUCCUGAUCAUAUUAAUAAUGAUACUACUUAUAAUACUACUACUACUACUACUACUACAAAUAUUCUAUACAAUAAACUUCCACAUUAUCAUGCAAAAAUACUUUUACCACAAGAUAAUAGUAUAGAAGCAACAAAUAAUGGUGAUAUAAGAUAUUAUGUCGGUAUACCAUGUUGUUAUCCAACGAAUACAAUCUGUUCAAAAUAUUCUUCAUAUAAUAAUAAUACUAAUACUACUACUACUAAUAAUAAUAAUAAUGUUAGUAAUAAUACUAAUAAUGAUAAUACUAUAGAAACAAGAGAUGAUCUAUUAACUUAUUGUGGUGAACCAUUUAUUUAUUAUACACCAGAUCAAAAUUAUUAUAUUUAUUCAACACCAACACCAACAAUCACUUCAUCUAUACAAGAAAAUAUUUCUAUUUUAUAAAUUUUAUUUAAUAUUUAAUUUUUUUUCCUUUAAAAAAAAUUUUUUUUACAUUCCUUAUUUGAUUGAUUUAUGCAUUAAAUUUAUAUUUAAAUUUUAUUGUUUCUAUAUGGAUUUAUUUGUAAACAAAACUUAUAUGAAUCACUAAGAGAAAGAGAUAGGGGAGAGAAGGGG